AUGGUACGUUAUAAAAAUCGUUACUACGUUGCCGAAAUAGAAGUCAAAGAUCAACCUCCUCACAUUCCCAUGUUAUUUAAUAACAAUCAAUUGAGGAAUUCAAUAUUAAGAAAAAUUCAAGAAAUUCAUGGAGAUUUCGGCGUCGGAGCCGUUUUAUCAGGGUACAGAGUCAAAUAUUGUAAUCCGUAUACGAAAGUUGUCAUCAUCAGAGCGAGACACGGACCCCAUAAGUUCGUGGGGACAGUUUUACCACUCAUAAAAAAAAUCGAUGAUACUCAAAUUCAAUUUCACAUACUUCACUUGGGUGCCACCAUGGUGAAAUGUUUUAAAUUUAUUAGGAACCAUCAGUUAUCGACAUUAGAAAAAUAUUGGAAUGAAAUGAAAACAGACAAAGAUAGAAAAUUAAUGAAAGAAGCUUUAUUCGAUAUUAGAAUUGUCCAAUAA